GGAAGCUGUCCGGUGAGGUCGUUGCUGUCGAGCCGCAGCUCUCUCAGUACAGCGAGGUCUCCCAGCUCCGCCGGUAUCCCGCCGGUCAGAUCGUUGUUCUGCAGGUGCAGGUGGGUGAGGCUCGACAGGUCGCCCAGCUCGACCGGGACCGGUCCGGACAGAUCAUUGUCCUGGAGGUACAGCUCUUUCAGUUCUGUCAGACCGGACAGCUCGCUGGGUACCGCACCGUCCAAUCCCCAGCCCACCGAGAUAGAGCCUGACAACCUG